CCCAAGAGUCCCAGAACAAAGACCUACAGCUCAAGUUGCUAAGAAUAGAAUAAUAAUGUUUUUUAUCAGGAAUAAACGCAUCUUCAAAUAUGAAUAGCAAUUGGCAGUCUGCCAUCUCUGAAUAUGCAACUGUAGUUUCUGUGGUUUCUAACAUCAAAUCGUUUAGAUUAGUGUCUGUCUGUUAAUUUCUCCGAUUAAUUUCAUCUCUGUGUAAGGUUAUCCAUUUGAACUGUUGUGUGAUUUGGGUUGAAACCAACAGUAAUCGUUUGUCAAAACGUGAUCCACAAUCAUGGCCCAACUUCUAAUGUUCUUGUGCUUUCUCUGCGCAUUUUCACAGGUGCUGCCAAUUGAUAUUGAUGAAACCCACUACACGAUCGAGGAUUAUAUUUGUUUCAACCGAACCGGAAUUGAUAAGUCGUACAUGGACAGUCACGUUACUGCAGACUUCGUACUAACCACGGGAGAUGAGAAACUAAACAAGUUCAUGGCGUGUUGGGUUGUAGAAAUGAAGCUCGUCGAUGACGAAUUGCAAUUUUCUCACUCGGCGUGGGAAAAAUACGCCACCCAUAACCUGUUUAAGUUCAUCGGUAAAUCAGACUAUCCCAAUAAGGAGGAGUUGGCAAAAAAAUUCGUUAACGAUUGCAAAACCAUCGAAUCCGGAAGUGAUCUUGGGAACAGUGCAAUAUUGAUGCUUAAUUGUAUGCUGGUGCCAUUCUUGGAGCUGAUGCGAACGGGAUAAAGCUUUCGACGAAGUUGUGUGUGUCAAAUUUACUACAGCAGGUGUGACAUAGUUACAUUGUGCUAUUUAUUAUUAAUCAAUCUUUAUUAACGCCAAUUGGCCAACAUUUUUUACCAUAAAUAAACGAUAAAAA